AAACAAAGCGGGAGCAGUCGACAGCAGAGAUAAAGUCGAAAUUUCGUUAUUUUGUACUUGAUACUGUUGUGUUCCUGUAAAUGUGUUCCUGUAAAUGUAAAAGUGCUUCAUUUGUUACAUCUUAGGAUUGAAGCUAAUUAUGGUCUAGUCAUAGUCAAGAGUUAUAACGCUGGUUGAGUCACUUCCCAUCACCCCUAACCAAAACCUCAGUUUUCAUCAUGGUAUCUAAAAAGAAGAGGCCAAACACGCCUGUGAUAGAAGUUGAAAGUAUCGGACAAAUAAAUACCUCAAUAUCCGAGGAACCGAGUCCAUCCCCAGCUACCACAGAGUUUAACGACGAAGCUCGAGAAGAGAGAAAGUUUCUGUUCAAAGAUGCCGCUUAUCAAAUGCGGGCAAACAAAAGUGGCAAUAAAAGAAAGGGUGGAAAAUCUUUGAAGCAGAUUUUGACUCAAGAGAGAACACUGCCUUGGCCUGCAAGUAGUGUUUUAUACAGUUCAAUCAAUGCACCUCCUUCCUUCGUGCCCUGUAAAAAGUACUCUGAUAUUUCUGGGCUACAGGCAAAUUAUACAGAUCCACAGACAAAACUUUUCUAUGCUUCUGCUGAAGAGUUUGGCACUAUACGUCGACUACCAAGUGAUAUAGUUGCUGGUUAUUUAGCUUUGAGACGUGCAAAUAAUCCAAUAAGUUAAUAUAAACAUAGUUUUUAAAAAAUUCUAACUGCUUAAAAGUAUUGAAAUAAUUGAUUAAAAGUUGUCCCUAUUGAACAUUGUUUAGUGCAGCUGCAAUAAGACAAAUGAGCAUAUAAUACUGAAAGGGUAUUAACAAUACUUUGCUUGAGAUGGGCAAUACUUAACAGAAUUGAGCAAUCAAAAAUAAUUUCAUUUUUAUAAAAUAUUAAACAUUUGGAUACAACAAGGGACAUUUAAAAAAUGGUUCAGAACAAUAUAAAAAAAUAGUGAAACAUA